AUGUACCUCCUCGCGGCACUGAUCAUGGCGGCGGCCACGCAGCUUGCCGCCGACUCGGCAAACUGCGCAUGGGACACUAGUGCGGCUCAAAUCCAGGCGACGUGCAAUGCUGUCACCCCCGACACGAUCGUGCUUCCGCAGCAGACGACCGUCGCUCUCGACCUGACUCUACUCAACGCUACGGCGUACGACCCGAUCGAGGCAUCCGUACUCGCUCUCGGCAGCAACGACUCGGACGUUCUCGGAAGUGUCCGCGUGCUUUUACCGGCGGCGACCAAUGCAACGCCGCAACACCUCGAGUUUUCACUGUCGACGCCACCGACGCACGUACGCCUGACGCUAUCGUCUGCCAGCAGCACCCUCUGCAGCACAACGUGGGCGUGCUCGGAUGUUGGAAAUACCACCAACUCGACCACCUCCAACGCGACGAUCCCAGCAAUGACACGUGCAGAUGAAAAGUUAUCGGCGCUGAGCUCUGUGCUUGUCGGCGGCCUAGUCGUGUCGGUGGCGGCGGCGAUUGGGGCGGGUGUUUUCGCGUGGCACUUGUAUCGCAAGGGUCGACCGUCGUUGCCUGCGGUACCGGAGCGCUUCCGCUGGUGCACCCUUGUCCGUGCGCCGUCGCUUCGAGGCGAGUUUGCAACGACGGACGACUGGGUCGACAACUGGGCGACGUCUCAAAGCACGAUUAGCAGCCACGAGGACGCACCCGGAAGCGGAUACGAGACGCUGCAGCUGUCGCCGUCGAGCAGUUCCAAGAUGCUUUCGUCGCGCGCCUCGACGACGGACGACGUGGGCUCGUACCGUACGAGUAGCUUGAUCGCUUUGUAA